AUGGAUGCAUCAAGAGGAAAAAAGAGAUUACAUUCUCCUGGCGCAGCCGAUGUGUCUCGAGAUGUGUAUGGAUUCAAAAUGAAGGCUCAGGACAUUGUAAAAUCUAGAUUGACUGCCUAUGAACAAAUGGGUGGAGAAAGUGCCGCCGACAAGAGUAUUGUGCCGUCCAAGACCAUAGAAGAAGAGGAAUCUGAAGGAGCUAGUUAUAUUAUUGAUGGAAGAUUACGUCGAGUGAACCCAUACUAUUUUACAUACUUGACUUAUUGUAAAAUGAGAUGGAGAGAUCGCAAAUUGAUUGACGUUUUCAUAGAUGAAUUUAGAGACAAGUCUCCUGAAGCAUACAAAAAAGCAAUUGGUGAAGGACAUGUUACACUCAAUCAAAAACCAGCAAACCUUGAAACUAUUAUUAGAAAUGGUGAUCUCAUCAGUCAUAGGAGUUAUAAACGGGAACCUCCAGUUACUUCAAGACCUAUUAAGAUAGUAUAUGAGGAUGAUGAUAUAAUUGCUAUUGAUAAACCUUCAGGAAUGCCUGUACAUCCAGUUGGAAGAUAUAGAUAUAAUACCGUGACCAAGAUUUUCCAACAUGAAUUUGGAAGAAUUGUGCACCCUUGUAAUAGAUUGGAUAGACUUACUUCCGGACUAAUGUUCUUGGGAAAAUCAUCAAAGUCAACAGAUAGGUUUGUAAAACAAAUAAGGGAACGGAGUGUCAAUAAGGAAUAUAUUGCCAGGGUGGUAGGAAAAUUCCCUCCCAAUGAAGAAAUUGUCGUGGAUAAACCUCUUAGUACAUUAUCACCAAAACUUGGAUUAAACGUGGUUGAUGAAGAAAAUGGAAAGGAGUCCAGUACUGAGUUCAGAAGAGUUUCAUACGAUCCAGAGACCAAUACUUCUAUUGUGAAAUGUCACCCAUUAACCGGAAGAUCUCACCAGAUUCGAGUGCAUUUGCAAUAUAUUGGAUAUCCAAUUGCUAAUGAUCCAAUGUAUUCAAACCAAUUUGUAUGGGGGCCCAACAUGGGAAAGAAUGGUGAAGCCGAUUUUAAGCAAGUUAUGGAAAACCUAGAUAGAAUAGGUAAAGACCGAGGAAGUUCUAGUUGGUUCCAUCCAGAAGAAGAUGGUGAGAUUAUAACCGACCAAGUAUGUCCUAUAUCUGGUUUACCAAUUUAUUCUGAUCCUGGACCAAACGACUUGGAUUUAUGGUUGCAUGCCUACCGCUACGAAGCAGCUGAUAAAUCUUGGUCUUAUAAGACCGAGUAUCCUGAAUGGGCAUUGCAAUCUCUGAGAAAAUUCAUGAGACAGGCCAUUGAAGAAGCUAAUAAAUGUGGCGAAACUCAAACCCAAUUUAAUGUCGGAGCUGUGUUGGUAAACAAUGGUGAGAUUAUAUCUACUGGACAUUCUAGAGAAUUAGAAGGAAAUACCCAUGCCGAACAAUGUGCAUUGGAAAAGUACUUUACCAAGACUGGAUCUAGAGAAGUCCCUAUUGGAACUGAGAUUUAUACGACCAUGGAACCCUGUUCGUUACGAUUGAGCGGUAACUUGCCUUGUGUAGAUAGGAUAUUAGAAACAAACAUAAAGACAUGUUUUGUUGGUGUCGUUGAACCAGAUACCUUUGUCAAGAACAAUACUUCAGUUAAUAAGUUAAGAGAGAACAAUGUUGAAUAUGUACAUAUUCCAGGGUAUGAGGAGGAAUGUCUUGAAAUUGCAAAGAAAGGACACGAAAAAAUAGUACAUUAA